ACUGCCACGUAAGACACAUAUCUCCCACUCCUCAUAUGACCCCAUAUCUUAUGUUUCUUCUCAUAGACCAAACUCACAUUGCCAAACAAACUCGAAAAGAAAGAAGAGGAGAGAAAAAGAGAUGGCUUCUACCUCCGCCGUAUCAUUGUUCAUGCCACUCACCCAAAACCGAUCGCCGUCGUCGACCAAAACUGUAGCCUUUCGCAAGCCACUAUUGCCUUUGAAGCCAUCUAAGGCGUCAUCCUCCUCCUUAGCCAUGCCUUCACGGAGGUUUCAAGUGAAUGCAUCUAACCUGAAGAUGGAGAAGGCUGUGAGCGGCUUAGCAGCAGCAGCUCUCACCGUUUCAAUGGUGAUCCCUGAGGUGGCUGAAGCCGCAGGCUCAGGAAUCUCUCCCUCUCUCAAGAACUUCUUGCUUAGCAUUGCCGCGGGAGGAGUGGUGCUCACGGUCAUCAUCGGUGUGGUUGUUGGUGUCUCCAACUUUGAUCCUGUUAAGAGAGGCUAAGGACGAGAGAUAUCUGUCUGUCAUUAUAGUAUGGUAAUGAUUUGUCAAUUCAUGUUAUAAUGAACUCUUGCAUUCUUCUUCUAUCUUAUAUUUGACAAUUUGCCGUUGGUCUCAA